AUGUGGGCGGUAGCGGGGAGAGGGCUGGGCGGCAACGGGGCGCGUGGGCCGGGUGCAUGCGGCUUGGGAGCCGUGAGCGGAGCCCUCGGUUCGCGGGCUGGGGCUGCCCGUGCGGCGGAGCCCGAGGCCGGCCGGGGCUGGGCGCCGUUCACUGCCCAUGGAGCCCGAGGCGCUGCGCAGCCGGCUGGCCGGGCAGGGCCACCUGUUGCGCUUCUGGGCCGAAUUGGGCGACGCGGAGCGGCGGGCGCUGUGCGAGGAGCUGCAGAGCCUGGACUGCGAGGCGCUGGGUGCCUGCUUCCGCCGGGCCAUGGAGGACGCGGGCGCGGCUGACCGCGACAAGGUGGACGGGCGGAUGGAGGCGCUGCCGCGGGCUGUGCUGGGCAGCGCCACCCGAGACGCGGGCCGGCUCCCCGAGUGGGAGCUCGAAGGUCUCCAUCAGAUUUCUCAGAGCAAAGUAGCUGUCCUCCUCCUAGCUGGUGGACAGGGGACGAGACUGGGUGUUUCUUAUCCCAAGGGAAUGUACGAUGUGGGGUUGCCAUCCCACAAAACGCUCUUCCAGAUCCAAGCAGAGCGCAUCCUGAAACUACAGCAGCUGGCUGAAAAACAGCAUGGCACCAAGUGUGUCAUUCCAUGGUACAUCAUGACAAGUGGCAGAACAAUGGAAUCUACAAAGGAGUUCUUCUUGAAGCACAAUUACUUUGGUUUAAAGCAGGAAAAUGUGAUCUUUUUCCAGCAAGGGAUGCUGCCUGCUAUGGGGUUUGAUGGCAAGAUUUUUCUGGAAGAGAAGGGCAAAGUUUCCAUGGCACCAGAUGGCAAUGGGGGGCUGUACCGAGCCCUUGGCGCCCAUGGCAUCGUGGAGGACAUGGAGCAGCGAGGCAUCUGGAGCAUCCAUAUGUACUGCGUUGACAACAUCUUAGUGAAGGUGGCUGACCCCAGGUUCAUUGGGUUCUGCAUACAGAAGGGAGCUGAGUGUGGUGCAAAGGUGGUGGAGAAGACAAACCCCAUGGAGCCAGUGGGCGUGGUGUGCAGAGUGGAUGGCAUGUACCAGGUGGUGGAGUACAGCGAGAUCUCCCUGGCCACAGCACAGAAACGUAGCUCCGAUGGCCGGCUGCUGUUCAACGCAGGCAACAUUGCCAAUCACUACCUCUCAGUGCCCUUUCUGAGAGAUGUUGUCAACAUUCACGAACCUCAGCUGAAGCACCACGUGGCUCAGAAGAAGAUUCCGUACGUGGACAUCACCAGUGGGCAGUUGGUCAAGCCAGACAAACCGAAUGGCAUCAAGAUGGAGAAGUUUGUCUUUGACAUCUUCCAGUUUGCCAAACAGUUUGUGGUAUACGAAGUGCUGCGUGAAGACGAGUUCUCUCCUCUGAAGAAUGCAGACAGUCAGAAUGGGAAAGACAACCCCACCACUGCCCGACAUGCCCUCAUGUCGCUGCACCAUUGCUGGGUCCUCAAUGCUGGAGGCCACUUUGUGGAUGAAAAUGGCACCCGCAUCCCUGCGAUUCCCCGCUUCACAAGUGGAAAGCCAGAUGCCAUCACAGCUGAUGUCAAUUGCAAUAUGUGGAUCUGAAUCCGAUACACACUGGGAAAAGGCAAGAGAGCGAACCAUGUAAAAAUGGCAUGGGUGCUCUUCAGGUCCUUGCAACGUAGGCAGGGGUUGGUUGUGGCCUUCUGUCAAACUGUUCUUCCUGCGCCAGAGACUGGCUGGAACUCUAGCUACCAUCUGCGGGCCCAGCUGAGCUUGCUGGCAUUUGAACCUGUGCUUCCAGAGAGUCUGCGUAUUUCAAGCCAUAAAUGGAGACCAUCAUCUUCAGCGUUCAUCAUCUCAGGCCUCACACUAGGGAAACUAACUGGGAAACAAUUUCCUUAGAAAAUUAGGAAUUGGGGCUAUUUGCUACGUGAGCCUUGUACUGUACGUGUUUGGGAGAAGGUCUGCCUUGGACUCUUUGGGAGACAGUGGUCAUUCAGACUUGCUGCUUGUUUCUGUUAUUCAUUUAAAUGCUAUUCCUGGGGGAAUUCUGUGCCACUGCACACCUGCAGAAACAUGUUCCCCCUACACACACACACAGAUUCUCUUUGCUUUUCCACAGAAAAAUGGUUUCUGUGAGGAAGCAAAGAGAAGCUGCACCAGUGCUCACUCACUGCUCCCUGGCAGCCAGGGGAGAGGUAAGUCUUGGCCCAAGGGAAGGAAGGGGACUGGGGAUGCCCCGGCUGCCCAGGGACAUUAGUACCAGUUAGGCGGAGGGGGAGGAGGAGGACAAUAGAGACAGAGUUCCUCCUCCUCUCCCUCCCCUGCAUGGAGCAAUCCCCAGAAACCUCCCCCGGCUGCAGGAAGCUCUGCACUGCUGGGGGUGGGGCUUGGCAGAGGAAUCUGGGUUCAGGGAGUGAGUCUUGGUAGGGUGGGGGUUCCGGGUCUGGGCAGG